GCCAUCUGUUAGUAACGUGUAGUACUUUUUUGUCUCAGAUAGCGUCAAACGGUCAAACCUAUCUACAAGAAAGAGAUAGAAAUAUGACGCCUAACGGUUUCGUAAUUUAAACUUUAGUGUUGCUUUAACCGCUCAGCGACUUGUGCACGUUUUAAUUUGUGACAGUUGUUAUUAUUAAUGGCGCCGUACGGUGAUCGAUGUUUUAACCCAUUUCACUUGGUACUUCAUCGAAAAUUUAAAAAUUUAAGGAAAAUAUCUAAAUGUUUAGCUCAAAAGUGGAGUUUUUCACAAGAUCUUUACGUAUGUGCCUCCUGCAGGAAACGACUUUUGACUGAAUCUCCUCCAGUAGCUAAUGAAGACAUUGUGCAAUGCAGUCAAACAUCUAGUGAACCUUCGCAAAACAUUGAAGAUGAACCGUUUAUUCCCGAAGAUAAGUUUAAACAUAUCUCCACCCAAACCGACACAUCCAUAGAAAACGAAGAAAUUUUAAAGCAGCUAAAAGAGAAAUUCAAUCAUCCUUCUACUUCUACUUCUAUGAAGACUAUGAUAUUAACAAUAGCACCCACGUCAUGGAGUGAAAAUAAACUUGCAGAAGAAUUUGGAACGUCCAGGCGACAAGCAAGAAAAGCAAAACAACUUGUCAAUCAGUUCGGUAUCUUAUCCUCUCCAAACCCACGCGGUGGUCGUAAACUACCAGCUGAGACGGAAAACUUGGUAAAAAAAUUUUAUCUACGAGAAGACAUUAGCCGCAUAAUGCCUGGUAAAAAAGAUUUUAUAUCUGUUAAAUUAGACGAUGGAAAAAGAACGCACAUACAGAAACAGCUCCUUCUCUGUAACAUUGACGAACUUUAUCAGAGGUUUAAAGAUGAAUACCCUAACAUCAAGGUAGGCUUAACAAAGUUUUUUACACUAAGACCCAAACAAUGUAUCCUCGCAGGCGACUCCGGAACACAUAUGGUAUGUGUUUGUACUUACCAUCAAAACGUGAAAUUGAUGUUGAAUGGAGGAGACAUUGCUAAUCUUACAGCUGGGUCUGCUAUGCAACUUUCAUCUUAUAAGGAUUGCCUUCGCCAGAUGAUGUGUCCCAAUCCAACACUGACGUGUCAUUUAAUGACUACUAAGACACCGCCAAAUGAACGCUGUAAUUCUUGUCCAGGCUUAAGUGCAAUUCGAGAGCAUUUAAAAAUACAAUUUGAUAACAAUCAAGUCACAGAAGUGCAGUUUGAAAAAUGGGAUGGCACAGACCGCUACACGAUAUCUACUCGACUUUUAUCUUCCGAUAGUUUUGUAGAUGAGUUAUGUGACGCUUUGGACCUUUUGAAACCUCAUGCUUACAUUGCAGAGCAACAGGCGGUUUAUUUUAAAACUCUUAAGGAGACUAUCGAUGAAGGUCAAAUUCUCGUUCAAUGUGAUUUUGCAGAAAACUAUAGUUUUAUUGUCCAAGAUGCUGCUCAAUCCUUUCAUUGGAAUAAUGCACAGGCAACGCUUCUAACGUCAGUUUUUUACUACAGAGACGGUAAUGAAGUAAAACACGGAAGCAUUGUUAUGAUUUCUGACGACCUGAAGCAUGACACAGCCACUUUUUAUGCUUUCCAAAAGCUACUACACAAGCAUCUUUUAGAAAAAUCGAUAGUUGGAUCAAAAAUUAUAUACAUAACUGACGGGGCUUCCCAACAUUUUAAAAAUAGAUUUAACUUUGUGAAUCUGUUUUAUUACAAAGAAGAUUUUAAUGCAGAUGCAGAGUUGCAUUUUCAUGCAACAUCUCACGGAAAGGGGCCAUGCGAUGGUCUAGGGGGGAAUCUGAAACGUUUAGCUGUGCGUGCAAGUUUACAGUUACCUCCAAGUAAAGCAAUUAUAACACCAAUGCGAUUAUAUGAAUGGGCAAAAUCAUCUUUAAAACAAACCGCCAUUUAUUUCUGUUCUAAAGAUGAUAUAGAGCGUCAGAGAAUUUUUUUGGAACCCCGGUUUGCGUCUACGGUCACCAUUUCAGGAACCAAAAAGUUUCACAGCUUCAUUCCAACAACCACAGGCCUUCUUGUAAAGAGGACCAGUUCUGCCAUAGAUUCCCAUUGUAAAAUUGUUAAAAUUACAAAAUAAACAGUUCUUGUGUUGUA